UAGGGCAGGCGCCUGCCUCCUCUUUCCGCAGCCUCGGAAUCGCGUUCAGAGGCGGGCGGAGCGGUGCUGAGGGGCGGCGACGGCCCGAUCCAACUCCCGCAUUGGCGGAGGCCGCGAUCCGUUAGUGGCUUUGUAGCCUUUGGGAGCCGUCCAACAAGGGGGCGCCGGGCAGGCAGAGCACAGCGCGCCGUGACAGAAGCAAAGCAACCGUGCAAGCGGGAGUGAGCUGCAGAACUAGGUCAGCCGCCCUCAUAAAUACUGUAGCGUGUAAACCGAGGCUGGUUAACUUCAUAACAAAGACCACGCCUGCUGCUGGGAUUGCAAUCGCAUAAGGCAUAUGAAAUCGGCGACAACCUCUCGUGUAAGUUUAAGAAUCGACAUACGGGUCUUCGCCUGCAACAAUGGACAGCUGGAAAAUGGGAUAUGUCCACAUUCAAGAUGAGGUCCACGACCUACAAUCUGUGCACGUAAAACCAGAGCUCCCAGAACUGCAGACGGGGAAGAAGAUCCCCAGAUUCCAAUACUCUGAUUAUCCUUCCUUGCACAAGUGCAUACAGCAGCUUACUGUACCCCCUAUAGACACCUGGAAGAGGAGAUCCCUUCAAGAGAGGGUCCCGGAAUUAGAACCUGUCCACAUCAAACAAGAACCGGAACCUGUUCAAGAAGAAUUCCCAGAUCUUCAUGUAGUCCAAAUUAAAGAGGAGACCCCUGAACUAGAAUCUGUCCAUGUAAAAGAGGAGGACUCUGUCCAUGGGGUGUCUGGAUUUCAAUAUGUGGACUAUCCUUCUUUACUGCAGUGCCUUCAACAGCCACCUGCACCCCCAGGAGAAGACUGGAAGAAGCACCCAGAAACUCCCCUUGAACGAAGGGUCCAAGCGGAAAUCCCUGGAACAGACUCGGCAAAUCCUAACGACAGGGGGUCUGGAUUUCAAUACGCAAACUAUCCUUCUUUGCUGCAGUGUCUGCAACAGCCUCUGUUAGGAAGCUUGAAGGUCAAACCAAUGCCAGAAGAUGGUCCUCAACUGCGCUAUCACGAGAAACCAGACCCCUUUAUUGAGGCUGAAUUGGAUUGUGGGGCUCCCGGAAGACUGCAUACGACCCCCGUCACCAGCUGUGAAGAGAAAUCCGUCGGCUUCUUCGACCACGAAGGCGGGGAAAGUUCCGGAAAAAAUCGCCAGCAGAACCCCGUGCCCCUCUUCAUCUGCCCGGACUGCGGGAAGAGCUUCCGGGAUUUGAGGAAGCUCCAGAUCCACGGUCAGACGCACAAGGGCAGGACUCUGCACAAGUGCCAGCAAUGCGGGGAGACUUUCCGUCACCUAUCCACCUUCCGGAAGCACCAGAGAACUCACAGCGGAGCGGCUGUGCAUACCUGCCCGGACUGCGGCAGGAACUUCUCCAGAUCGGACAGCCUCAAGAUCCAUCAGAGAACGCACACGGGAGAAACGCCGUACAGCUGCAACGACUGCGGGAAGAAUUUCAGCCAUUUGGGCAACCUGCGAACGCACCAGCGGAUUCACACAGGAGAGACGCCGUACUGGUGCGCGGAGUGCGGAAAGGGGUUUAAGAGGCUGGAUAACUACAAGGAACACCAAGAGGUGCACAGAGGAGAGACCCCUUUCCUGUGCGCGGAGUGCGGGAGGCGCUUCAGUCAACUGGGAAGCCUCAACAGGCACCGCAAAACUCACGCAGGCGUGGCCACUCAUCACUGCACACAGUGCGGGAAAAGUUACUGCCACUCGGCUGCCCUGAAAACGCACCAGAGAACUCACGCAGCACAGGCUGACCCUGCACAGGACACACACACAGGCUGACUCUGCACAGGACACACGCAGCACAGGCUGACCCUGCACAGGACACACGCAGCACAGGCUGACCCUGCACAGGACACACGCAGCACAGGCUGACCCUGCACAGGACACACGCAGCACAGGCUGACCCUGCACAGGACACACACAGCACAGGCUGACCCUGCACAGGACACACGCAGCACAGGCUGACCCUGCACAGGACACACGCAGCACAGGCUGACCCUGCACAGGACACACGCAGCACAGGCUGACCCUGCACAGGACACACACACAGGCUGACCCUGCACAGGACACACGCAGCACAGGCUGACCCUGCACAGGACACACGCAGCACAGGCUGACCCUGCACAGGACACACGCAGCACAGGCUGACCCUGCACAGGACACACGCAGCACAGGCUGACCCUGCACAGGACACACGCAGCACAGGCUGACCCUGCACAGGACACACGCAGCACAGGCUGACCCUGCACAGGACACACGCAGCACA